ACUUAUUCUCUCCGAAAUCGAAAACAUAAAACGUUUACCCCGUAUGACGGAAGACGGGCGCAAUGUUAGUAGUUUCGCGAGUAAAAUAUCAAACACGGUAGCGGCCAUAAAGUCACUUAACCAGCCACAAUAUUUGUAUUCUCCCGAGUUAGUGGGUCGAAUAGUCGACAAGUUGAAUAUUAUUUUAAAAUAUAAGUGGUACGAGUUCAAAUCUGAACGACCCGGAGCACCGGAGCUCGAAUUAAUGGCUAGAUUUUUAAAUAUUAUGGCGGAUCAGUGCGGCGCGAUGUUCGCAUACGAAACAGCUAGGGAGGAAAGGAGAGGCAAGAUGAAACCUCGCGCGGUAAACACGACUCGCACACGGACUCAUAGAUCGACGCGUUAUGAUAGCGAUAGUUCCUGUGAUAGAUCAGAUUGCGAAGUCACGUACGAGCCGCGUAAUACCGUAGCAGCCGCGUUCAAACCCUCAGCUAAAAAGGCCGAACCAUUCAGGCCGAAGCAUCGCACGCCGCGCCCCGCGACAGAGGCGCCACGCUCCGCGACGGAAGCGCCGUCAAACUCGUCCAAUAGAAAUAAUUGUCCCGUAUGUUCAGGCUCCCAUACGACUAUUAAUUGUGCAGAUUUUAUUAAACUUAGCGUAUCGGAAAGAUGGGACGCAGCUAAAAAUAGUAAACUUUGCUUUAGAUGUCUAAAUAACUCGCACGGGCGAACUUUCAGAUGUAAAUAUAUUCCGUGCGGUAUAAACGGUUGCGAAGCGUCUCAUAAUAAGCUAUUACACGGCAGCGGCAGUGCAGCGCCGCCCGCAAGCGGCAAUGUUAGCUCAAUAAAUCACGUUCGUGCGUCAAACACCUACCUCAAAGUAGUGCCGGUUGAGAUAAGUGGCCCAGUGGGCACCACCGCUACAUACGCCUUGCUGGACGAGGGCUCUACAUUGACCCUAGUUGAGCGUACGGUAGCGGACAGUGUAGCACCCAGGGGUCGCAGCCAGCUACUUAAGUUGGAAGGGGUAGGCGGUAACCAAAUUGACGACCCCGAAUCGUGCAACAUAUCGCUAACAAUCCGCGGCGCGUGUAGUCGAAAUCUAGAAAAAAUGAACGCGAGCACGAUUAGUAAUUUGAACCUUACGCCGCAGUCCGUAAGCAAGGACCUAGUUAGACAGUGCAGCCACCUAGCGGAAUUAGAAGACGAACUGUGUUACGAGCAGGCUAAACCUACGAUACUUAUCGGCCAAGAUAACUGGCACUUAAUUACGUCUCGACAAUUACGUAUCGGAAAUAAGGGUCAGCCAGUGGCGUCGCUAACUAAAUUAGGAUGGGUCCUGCACGGGCAGGACGCAAGCUCGCGUAAUUUAAAUAAUAUUCAGUUCAUAAGUCACAGGUUACACGGUAAAAUUUUCAUCAAUCUGAUCCAUCAAUCCGGUAAAGAUUGACGAAAAUUUGAUCGUCUGACCCACGGAUUCAUGGAUUGAUCAUACUUUUAUAUUCCGUCAAUC